AUAGGAACGGGCGCCGGGGGCGGAACGACGGCGGAGGAUAAAGCGGCUGCAGAGGCACCUUUAUUGUUGUGAAAACUCUUAAAGGGGCCGCUCCCCGGGCCGGCCUGGUGUGGGGCGGGGGUGGCUAGGGUGGAGGUCCCAGACGGCCGAGCGCUAAAGAAGACGGCAAGGCGGUGCGGAGCCCUAGGAGCGCGGCGGGUAUCGGCCGACCCCGCAGCUCCCCGCCCCCACCGCCCCGGCCCGGCCAUGGAGCCCCUCACAGCCAAGCGGAGCCGGGGCGACCCAGGGGGACCCGAGCCGCGCGAUCCCCGGGCCGAGCGGGGCCGCCCCGAGACGUUGCUGGACCUCAGCGCUAAGCGGGUGGCUGAGAGCUGGGCCUUCGAGCAGGUCGAGGAGCGGUUCUCCCGGGUGCCGGAGCCUGUGCAGAAGCGGAUCGUGUUCUGGUCAUUUCCACGAAGUGAGAGGGAGAUAUGCAUGUACUCGUCACUAGGGUACCAGUCCUCAGAGGGUGAGCAGGAUGCCCGGGUGCCCUUCACCCGUGGGCUGCACCUGCUGCAGAGUGGCUCCGUGGACCGCGUCCUCCAAGUGGGGUUCCACCUGAGCGGGAAUGUGCGGGAGCCAGGCAGCCCCAGGGAGCCCGAGCACUUCUACCAUGUGUCCAUCAGCUUUGACCGCUGCAAGAUCACAUCUGUGAGCUGCAGCUGUGACAACCGAGACCUCUUCUACUGUGCACACGUGGUGGCCCUGUCACUGUACCGCAUCCGCCAUGCAUACCAGGUGGAGCUGAGGCUGCCCAUCUCCGAGACUCUGUCCCAAAUGAACCGAGACCAGCUGCAGAAGUUCGUGCAGUACCUCAUCAGCGCCCACCACACCGAGGUGUUGCCCACUGCCCAGCGCCUGGCCGAUGAGGUCUUGCUGCUGGGCUCCGAGAUCAACCUGAUGCAUGGCGCCCCGGACCCCACAGCGGGCGCAAGCAUCGAGGACGCCAACUGCUGGCACCUGGAUGAGGAGCAGAUCCAGGAGCAGGUGAAGCAGCUGCUGUCCAACGGCGGCUACUACGGGGCCAGCCAGCAGCUGCACUCCAUGUUCAGCAAGGUGCGGGAGAUGCUGCGCAUGCGGGACUCCAAUGGAGCGCGCAUGCUCAUCCUCAUGACCCAGCAGUUCCUGCAGGACCCGCGCCUGGCGCUGUGGCGGCAGCAGGGCGCAGGAAUGACUGACAAGUGCCGGCAGCUAUGGGACGAGCUGGGGGCCUUGUGGGUCUGCAUCAUUCUGAGCCCACACUGUAAACCAGAGGAGCGAGCAGGCUGGCUCCAGCUGCUGGCCACAUGGGACAAGCUGGACGUGUGCCCACUGGAAGAGGGCAACUACUCCUUCGAUGGCCCCAGCCUGCAGCCCUCAGCAGCCCCCAGCCCAGGCCCCCGGCAAGGAGAGGCGGAGGUGACAGCCACCCGUUCCCGUCACACGGUGUUUGGGCGUGCCCUGCAGGCCGGGGCACUGCACUGGAAGGACGCCCACCUCCAGAGGAUCCUGGCCAGCGACUCCCCCAGUCCCAGCCUCACAGGCAGCACUGGGGGUGACAAGCCGGACUUUGACCCGCAGGGCCGCCCGCUCUGGCUAGGCGAACCCUUUCCCACUGCCUGCGCCCGGGUGGACACCCUGCGUGCCCAUGGGUACCCACACAAGGCGCUGCGGCUGGCUGGCGCCAUCGUCAACACCCUCCGGCUACAGCAGCGGCACCAGCUUGAGAUCUACAAGCAGCAGAAAAAAGAGCUGCUGCAGAAAGGCAUCACCUGCAUCACCAACACGGAAGGCUGGAUGGGCCACCCCCUGGACCCCAUUGGCUGCCUCUGCAGGGCACUCCUGGAGGCCUGUCGCCUGGAGGAGGAGACCCUCUCACUUUACCCAGACUCAGGCACCGAGAAGCGGAAGGCACUCUACCAGCACGUACCGGUGCCCGGGAGCCCCGGGGAGUCUUAUCUGGCGCUGGCGCUGGAGGUGGCACUUCUGGGGCUGGGGCAGCAGCGGCCCUUGCCCGAAGGCCUGUACGCCCAAGACAAGGUGGUGCGCAACGAGGAGCAGCUGUUAGCCCUGCUGGAGGACGUGGAUUUGGAUGACAGGCUGGUACAGGUGCUCCGCAAGCAGGCGGGGCUGCAGCUGGAAGGGGGUCCCUUCAGCGGCUUCGGGGAGGUGCUCUUCCGGGAGAGCGUGCCCAUGCACACCUGUGCCCGCUACCUGUUCAGUGCGCUACUGCCCCACGACCCCGACCUGGCCUACCGCCUCGCACUCCGUGCCAUGAGGCUGCCCGUCCUGGAGACAGCAUUUCCGGCUGGAGACCCUCGCCCCAACCCACUGGACUCCAUCGUGAGCAGCCGCUUCCCCCGCUGGUUCAUCCUGGGCCAUCUGGAGACACGUCAGUGCGAGCUGGCGUCCACCAUGCUGACGGCUGCCAAGGGAGAUGCCAAGUGGCUGCACGUGGUCCUGGUUUCCAUCCAGCAGAACAUCCACUCCCCAGCUCUGCUCUUCAAACUGGCACAGGACGCCUGCAAGACAGCCACCCCAGCCAGCACACCCCCAGAUACCACGCUGCUGGGCAUCGCGCUGGAACUGGGCCUGCAGGUCAUGCGGAUGACCCUGAACACCAUGACAUGGCGCCGGAGGGAGAUGGUGCGCUGGCUGGUCAGCUGUGCCACAGAGAUCGGUCCCCAGGCGCUGAUGAACAUCAUGCAGAACUGGUACUCGCUGUUCACGCCCGUGGAGGCGGCCACCAUCGUGGCAGUGACGGGGACCGCACAUGCCACGCUGCUGCGGCUGCAGCUGGACACGCCACAGCAGGAGGAGCUCUGGACCUGCGCUCGCACCCUGGCCUUGCAGUGCGCUAUGAAAGACCCUCAGAACUGCACCCUACCCGCCCUGACCCUGUGUGAGAAGAGCCAUGCAGCCUUUGAGGCCGCCUACCAGAUUGUGCUGGACGCGGCGGCCGGCGGCCUGGGCCACGCACAACUCUUCACGGUGGCCCGCUACAUGGAGCACCGAGGGCUGCCGCUGAGAGCCUACAAGCUGGCCACGCUGGCCCUGGCACAGCUCAGCAUUGCCUUCAACCAGGACAGCCACCCAGCCCUCAAUGAUGUGCUGUGGGCCUGCUCCCUCAGCCACUCGCUGGGCCGCCACGAGCUCUCGGCCAUCGUGCCCCUCAUCAUCCGCAGCAUCCACUGUGCCCCAAUGCUGUCUGACAUCCUGCGCCGAUGGACACUCUCAGCACCAGGCCUUGGCCCUCUGGGGGCCCGCCGGGCCACCAAGCCGCUGGGCACUGACCGGGCGCCACUGUGUCAGCUCCUGGAUGCCGCUGUCACCGCCUACAUCACCACCAGCCACUCUCGCCUCACGCACAUCAGCCCACGACACUAUGGUGACUUCAUCGAGUUCCUGGGCAAGGCCCGUGAGACCUUCCUGCUGGCACCAGACGGACACCUGCAGUUCACCCAGUUCUUGGAAAACAUCAAACAGACCUACAAGGGCAAGAAGAAGCUGAUGCUCUUGGUGCGGGAGCGUUUUGGCUGAGAUGUCAGCAGUGGCCAGGGACACAGAGGAUGGGAUCCCCAGUCCCUGCCUCCUCAUCGCCUGCAGUGCUGGGCAGAGCAGCAUCAGUAUUAAGUCAGGGAAGGGGAUGGGAGGUGUGUGCCUGGGAGUGUGCAAGCGAGUGUGCAAGACACAGGAGCAGAAGCCAUACUACCACCCAGAUGCCUGGAAGGGGGUGUGUGCUUGGGCAGCUCGUAUAACCCCCACCUUGGCCUUGGGCACCCCAGAAGCAAUUAGGCAAGCACUGCUCCCCUUGCUGGGCUCCGGAAGAGGACCUGUCUGGAACCUGGUCCUGGGUGAUGCAGCACAGGGUCCUGGCUCCCACCCACACGGCCAGGGGACUUUCUACAAGGGCAGCUCAGGGGCCCCAUUCUGUUGCCCUGAACCUCCUCCCAGGCUGCCCCACCCCCAGUUGAAGGGUCUCACAAGGUCUCAGGCCUCAGCCACAUACCUCACUCUCAGCCCCUUGUCCGGCCUGGAUCCCUUGGCCACGAGGCUCCUCGGGGAGGCUGGGUCUGGGAUUGUCACUGCCCCCCCCCACUAGGCACUGGACAGACAACUCAGGAACCAGGCAGUGCUCAUACCCCCCACUGAGCACGGUGUCAGGAUCUGGGCACUCGAGAGCCAGGGGACCCCAUGUGGAAGUGAGACAGGGGCUCUGGGUCCUCCCUCUGGCUGUCUCCACCCCUUCACCUUACUGUCUCAUAUUUCUCUCCAGUCAGCCUCCCUUUCUAUGUUCAUUUAGGUCCCAGAUGUGGCUCUCUGGCCUCCUUCUCCUGCCCUGGUAUGGCCUAGGAGGAGGAGGAGGAGGAGGAGGAAGAGGAAGAGUGCCCCACCCCCACCCCAUCCCACCUUUCUCCCCUCUUGUAUAAUAAGGAAGAUGGAAUCAUUUUGUAACUUUUUCUUCUAUUUAUUGAACCGUAUAUUGUAUUUCCUUCACACACACCCCCUGCCUUUUUAAAAAGAUGAAACAGCUUCUUUUUAACUUUAUUUUGAGACUAAGGUGUGUCCCCCCAUCCCAGAGUCAGCGUCCCCCUGUUCUCUCAGCAAAAAAACAAGAAAGAUCUGCAGUCUUGUUUCUGGUCAAAGGUUCAAUUGAGGGCCGGAGGGGAAGCGGCUACGGCAUAGAGGACUUUACAGCUGUCAUCUGCUUAUUACAGCCACCCUGCAAUGGAUUAUCCCUGUGUGUGUGUGUGUGUGUGUGUGUGUGUGUGUGUGUGUGUGUGUGUUUGAGGCAG